UGUGGUGUUGUUAAUAACAAUUUAUAACCUUCAUUCUAAAAGUAAAACAGUAUUUUAUUAUGUUUUUAUGACAAAAAUGUGAGUUUUAUUUAAUUAGUGAACAUCUCCACUUCCUUUUGCUUAUAAUGGAGGUGUACAUAUUAUGACUUAAUAAUCUAAUCACAGAAAUAUUUUAAAUUUGUCUGUAAAAAUGGCUAUUCCAAGAAAUGAUAGAUUUAAUAAAGGUCCAUGCUUUUGGUGUUUAAAGGCAAUUAAGUGGGUUCCAGUGCUGUUUAUAGUAACCAUAAUAUUAUGGUCCUAUUAUGCUUACGUAGUUCAACUGUGUAUAUUUACAAUAUCUUCAACUGCUGAAAGAACCAUAUAUUUGAUUCUCUACCACAUUACAUUUAUAAUGUUUGUUUGGGCAUAUUGGCAGACAGUUUUUACUGAUAUAUCUCGUGUCCCUGAAAAGUUUAAACUACCAGAGGGAGAACUAGAUAGACUGAUGCAUGCUAAUUCAGAAGAAAUGCAACGAAACAUUUUAGAAACCUUUGCUCAGGAUUUGCCUCUAACAAAUCGUGCAAGUAAUGGUUCUGUAAGAUAUUGUGAGAAAUGCCAGGUCAUAAAACCUGAUAGAGCACACCACUGCUCUGUUUGUGGAGAAUGUAUACUCAAAAUGGAUCACCAUUGUCCUUGGGUUAACAACUGUGUUUGUUUUUCAAAUUACAAGUAUUUUAUGUUGUUUUUAGGAUAUUCCCUUAUAUACUGCAUUUAUAUAUCAUUAACUUCAGUGCAGUACUUUAUCUCCUUUUGGCAGGGAAAUUUACAAGGAAUGGGAAGGUUUCACAUCCUCUUUUUAUUUUUCGUCGCCUUAAUGUUUGCUGUGAGCUUAGUAUCAUUAUUUGGUUACCAUGUUUACUUGGUUUCCAAAAAUCGUACAACAUUAGAAGCCUUUCGGCCCCCCAUAUUUCACCAUGGUCCAGACAAAAACGGUUUUAGCUUAGGAACAUACAACAAUUUUCUGGCUGUAUUUGGAGAAAAUCCCAAAACGUGGCUUAUUCCAAUUAAAACAAGCAUGGCAGAUGGUUGUACCUUUCCUUUGAAGCAUUUGGAGGAAGACAGGGAACAGUUACUUAGGUGUACACCUUGGGAAGAUGAUAGCUUAACGUUACAUCAGUAGCGCCCCCCCCUCUCCCCAUUUUUCCUGUGAUCGUUACUUAAUAAUAUAAAAUACAUUUUGGUUUCUAUCAAAUGUUUUAUACAAUUCUAUGAACUGUUAUAUAUUACUUUAUUUAUUUUUGCUGAAGAAAAU